AUGCCUUCAUUUGCUUCUGAGGUGAUGAUUGAUUCGGAGGGUGAUACCCAUUCCGAUACGGAUCGAUCAAGACAACCACAAUUUUCAUAUCAUCAAAAAGAGCAUAAUAUUUGGAUUGAUCAGGAAGAAGAGGAAGAUCAUUCACAAUCCUCAUCCAACAAGGAGGAACCUACGAAAACAUUAUCCAGUAAUAAUAAUAAUAACUCAACGGAUGAGCACACUAAUGCCAAUAUGUUACAUGAAGAGGAAUCACCAACCAAUAAUAAUGCUCAUUUGUAUACGGUAACUACUAACAGAGAGCAUCAGGUAAAACGAGGACCACUACAGUUGAAACUAUAUCGGAGAUGGUAUUCGUGGAUAUUUACAGGUGUGGCUCUUGUUUUAUUGUUGUGGGUUAUUUUGGGUUAUUUAUUUACGUUUGCCCUUCCGAUUGUCGUGUCUUCCGAUUAUUCUGCAAUAGAGCGAUUACUUCAUGCUCUUUAUUUCAUCAUUUUUGCUUUCAUUUCGGCUUGCGUUUUAUAUCCCUUUUACAAGUGUAUUUUCACUCAUCCAGGUUUUGUGUUUAAGGACGACAAAACUUGGGCUCUCACGCCUCAGCAAAUUGAAUGGUAUAAGAGAAGAGGACCUAAUUUUCUUGUUGAAUUGGAACGAGAAAUUCAUCAAGUCAUGGGUUUUAGAUCUCGAUUAAGAGAAGUGGAUCUGCAUUCUUCAUUAGAAAAUGCCGACAACCGUGUCACAUCAGAAGAAGUCAUGCAUGACCAACAUGGAGAGUCAUCUCACAACAAUCAUGAACCAAACUCUAAUAGCUCUCCUCAUCAGCAUGACGAAGAGGAAGAUUUAUUAUCCUUUCCAGAUCGGCAAACAUCAGAAUUGAACUCUCGAGGUCAAAUUCGAAUUUGUGAAAGAUGUUGGAUAAGAAAGCCAGAUCGAGCCCAUCAUUGCAGACAGUUGAACUGUUGUGUGCUGAGAAUGGACCAUUUUUGUCCUUGGUUCAAUAAUUGUAUUGGGUUUUACAAUCACAAAUAUUUUUUCCUCUUUUUAGUUUGGAUUUCUAUUGGAGGUAUUUUUGCUGUUCUUACCAUGUCAAAAACUCUUUUCAACGCUCUCAAACUUCAAGGAACAUCCAAAUAUGCAGUGAUAUCAAUUUUACAGCUCAAUCAAAUUUGGAUUUAUAUUAUAAGUUUUUGUUUUGGAUUUGCCAUGCUAUUCUUUGCAGGGUAUCACCUUAAAUUGAUCCUAUUCAACACGACAACCAUAGAAUCCAUGGACAAGGAGAGACGCCUCUACGAUCAACACAAAUGCCAUCCCUAUGACAUUGGAGUUUUGAACAAUGUAAAAUCCAUUCUCGGUAACAAUCCUCUACUUUGGUUGUCACCCUUCCAUGUCGAAUACAGUGGAGAUGGAUGUCAUUUUCCAAUUCAUACGUAUCAAUUGGCCCCAAAUCAUGAUGCUGAUACGCAAGUGCAUCAUCACGAUACGUCUGUUUCAACAACAACAACUGAAUGA